AUGCAACGAAUCACAAGUUUCACGAGGUUUCUGCGAGGUGGUUUGGUGGAGUUGGAGAGAGUCUUCGUGGUUUCCGUCUUCAAAUUUGGUGAGGAUGAAGAGAGAUUUCCGGUGAUGAACGAAGGUACUUUUCAGUCAUUUUCGUCGGGGGUUCUCACCGAUUCCGGUGUUUUAUCGGGGUACGAUCGGGAUCAGAUAGCAAGCUCUCUUCCUCCUUCAAUCGAUGUGGAUGAAGAUGUAUGUAGUGUGUUCUCUUCUCUCAAUAUCUCCCCCACCACUCACCUCCACAGCUCGAAGCUCCUCCCCGAGAAUCUCCACUGCGAAUUUCGCGGUUUUGGAUCUCUGAUCGGCAUCGGCGAGGGUUCCGUUCACCCUUUUCGGAGCGAUAGUGGUUUAAGAGGUGUAAACACCGUUAAUAGUAAUCGGCUACAGUUGCUCCUCCUGAUGCUGCAGAUCUGUUACAUGCCAGUGGAAAUGGAGAACGAAGGCGUUCAGUGGUGGCUACGAAUUGCCAGCAGUGGUGGGUGGUGGGAAUCACAGAGUGCAGCUGGCGGUGAUGAUUGGGUCAAGGGCGAUGAAAUCACAAGAUUAUUAUUUCUACAAAAACACAUCGGAAAUGCAUAUGGGCAUUACCUGCUCUAUUGGUGUCUGAUGAUGAAGACGAUUGCUGUUGCCCCUUCCAAAUUCAGCAAGUGUCUUCAUUUCCGCUGUGCAUUUUACUUGAGUCGUCCUGAUUCUCCCAGAAAUCUUGAAGGAUGUUCAAAAAAGUAUAGUUCCCAUUCAGGCGACCUAGCUGUAGCUGAUGCACUGUCGGUGUUUGAUAAAAUGCUUCAAAGACGACCUCUUCCCUCAAUUGAAAACUUUACCAGAUUAAUGUCCACUGUCGUCAAAUUCAAGCGAUAUUCUACUGCUAUGUCUAUGAUACAUCGAUUAGGCCUGUUAGGUCUCAACCCUUUGGUGAAGCCUGAUAUAUAUACGUUCCACAUCGCAAUAAACUGUUUUUGCCAUUCAAAUCGAGUGCGUUUCGGGUUUUCGGUUUUAGGGAAUGUUAUGAAGCUGGGUUACGAACCAAACUGCCCAAUUUUCAAUACGUUGAUCCGGGGUCUAUGCAAUGAUGGUAAACUCUAUCAAGCAGUCAGCUUUUUUGACCAAAUCGUAAAGAAUGGGUUUGAACCUAAUGUGGUUACUUAUAACACGUUAAUUAAUGGGCUUUGUAAACUGGGAAACACUUCUUCUGCCAUGAUCUUGCUCAAGAAGAUGGAAAGAUCUAGGGUUUGUAAGCCUGACAUUGUUGCAUACAGUACAGUCAUAGAUAGUCUUUGCAAGGAUGAACAGGUAAACGAUGCAUUAAAACUCUUCUAUAAGAUGAUUGAAAGAGGAAUAACACCCAAUGUCAUAACUUACAACUGUUUGAUUCAAGGCGUGUGUAACUCUGAAUUAUGGGACAAAGCCAAAAGACUUUUAGAGGACAUGUUUGCUCAAAAUAUCCGACGCGAUGUACAAACAUUUAACAUCUUAGUUGAUGCACUAUGUAAAGAAGGGAAAGCAACAGAAGCACACAAUCUGUUUGCAUCCAUUAUUAAAGAAGGUGAAUCACCUGAUACUGUAACUUACAAUUCAUUAAUGGAUGUGUAUUGUUUGGUUGACAGGGUAGACGAUGCAAGAAAUUUAGUAGAUCACAUGAUGAUACAUAAUUGUGCACCUUGUGUUAUAAGUUAUAAUACUUUAAUUAAUGGGUACUGUAAAAGUAAAAGACUUGAUGAAGCAUUGAGUCUCUUUAAGGAAAUGUCAAGAAAUGGGAUUGAUCCUAAUGUUGUAACAUAUAGUACUCUUAUAAGUGGUUUGUGUCAUGAUGGGAGACUCAAGGAUGCAAUGAUACUUUUUGAUGAGAUGAAAACUUGUGGUUUGAAAGCGAAUAUUGUUACUUAUAGCACAUUGGUGGAUUCUUUGUGUAAACAUAAGAGAGUAAAAGAGGCAUUAGAGAUGUUUGCAAAGAUUGAUGAUGUUGGGUUGAUGCCUAAUAUAGUCACUUGUAAUUGCCUAAUAGAUGGUUUGUGUAAAGAUGGGAAACUUGAUGCUGCAAAUAAAUUGUUUUCAGAACUUUCUGCUAGAGGGUUGAAACCUAAUGUUAGGACAUAUAAUAUUAUGAUGAAUGGGCUUUGUAAAAGGGGUAAACUUGAUGAAGCAGAUGAGUUACUUAUAAAGAUGAUUGAUAGUGGUUGUUUUCCAGAUGGUUUUACGUAUAAUAUAAUAGUUCAGGGAUUUAUAAUGCACAAAGAAAUGGUGAAGGCGAUUUCAAUGCUUGAAAGAAUGCGUGAUUGUGGUUUUGCAGCAAAUGUGUAUACAUCGACUUUGAUGGUUGAAUUGUUGACUACACAUAGGCUAGAAUUAGAUGAUUCAUGUAAGAAAGCUCUUGAGAUUUUCUUCAAAAAAAAUUGA